AUGAAUAAUCAAACAGAUAAAAUAGUAAAUCUAUCACAUUUAAUAUUAAAUAAAAUAAUAAGUUAUUUAGAUGAUAACAUUGAUCGUAUUUGUUUCAGUUUAGUUUGUAAGAGAUGGUACAACGAUAGAGAUAAAUAUUUAAUAUUCAACACAGAUAGUAUCAACCUAUUUAAACUUAAAAACACUGUUAUCAAUCAAAAUCAUAAACAAUUCAAAUUACCAUCUUAUCAUAAUAUCUUUUUGAAAUCAAUUCGAUCAAAAACUGAUUGUACACUUCUUAUUGGUAAAGCUAAAUAUUAUCAUAGUUACGAUUAUCAUUUUGCAGUGAUAAGAAACAAGAUAUUCGAAAGUGUCAGAGAUAUUCACGAUCAACUUGCAAUCAAUUCAUUGAGAUGUGAUUGGUAUGAUCUUGCUUGUUUCCCAGAUCAGCUGAUCAAGUUCAAUUAUAUCGAAAGAUAUAAGCAGAUAUUCCAUACAAUAGUCAGAGAAGAUAAUAAUAAUAAUAUUCAUACAGAUAAUUAUAAAGAUUGGAUACAUACAAUCAGAAAGUUUAGACAAUUAUAUUUAGAUUCAGUGAGGAAUGCAUUCGAUGUUGGAAAUCUAGAAGCUAUAGAGUUCAUCCAAAAGUCAUUUCCGAAUGAAUUAGAAUAUUCACUUUACGUCAAUAGGGAUCACUACAUUAAUAAUCUAGAGAUCAUUCAAUUCCUUCAUAAUAAAGCACCUCGGUGGUUCAGAUCACAAGGCUCCGACGUGUUGGAUAAUGCUGCACUUGGUAGUUUUCAAGUAUUCAAAUGGCUUUACAAGAAUAGAUCUGAAAGACCUACCUAUUCCUAUUUACAUGCUGCCAGAGUUGGAAAUCUUGAAACUAUCAAAGUUGGAACAAUGUCAAUUGUAUCCGCAGUUUUGGUUGGACAUGUGGAAACACUCAAGUAUCUACUCAAGAAUAUGAAGAUACCAUGUGAUGGUGACAUUGUUAAACAAGUAGUUGCAAAUUAUGGACUUGAUGAUGGUCAGAUUUUUUCUACAGUCAAAUACCUCAUGGAGAACACCAAGCAAGACCUUUCAAAUACUUUGAUUGAUGAUGCUGCCAAAAAAGGUCUUAUUGAAGUGGUUAAAUAUCUCAUAGAGAAUACCACUGCCACAACAUAUACAAGUAUUACAAUGGAUGCUGUCGCUGGUCAUGGUGAUCUAGAGUUUCUCAAACAACUUCAUAAUAAACAUAUGAAUUGUACAGCUAAAGCAAUGCACAUGGCUGAAAACGGACACAUUGAAGUGGUCAGAUUCCUUCAUGAGAACAGAACUGAAGGUUGUCGAGUAAAAGAAUUGGAUAUUCCAGCAAAAACGAUGGACUACUUUGCCAAGUAUAAAGAUAGCAGUGCACUCCAAUGGUUAAAAGACAAUUCAACUCUACAAUGUUCACACGAAGCCUAUUUAAAUGCAAUACAUAAAGCAAAUCUACCAAUAAUCAAAUGGAUUCGUGAAAAUACAAGUCUUCCAUUUCCAUCGAAUUUAUUGGAAUAUGCAACAAAGUUGGAGAAUAGUGAUCUCAAAAUCGUUCAAUAUCUGCUUGAUAAUGGUGAAACCUGUUCAGUAAAAGAAUUGAAAUGUUGUCAUAAACUUUCAAACUCAUGGGCAUCUGAGGUAAUGGCAAAUGCAAUUAAAAAAGAUAAUGUUCCAAUCAUUAAAUACCUUCUUCAAAACACAUCUGAACACUUAACUACAGAGUACUCGCAAUUAACAUACUGCAAAGCAUUUGAUUAUUCAUCAAGACUUAAACUUUUAAAACUUUAUAAUCUUUAA